AUGACUGUUUAUGAUUCUUCAAGAAAAUAUAAAGAAAGGGUCAAGAUGUACCAUGAUAAGAAGCUGAUAAAGAGAAAGUUCCAACCUGGACAACAGGUAUUGUUGUUCAAUUCCAGAUUCAAAUUGUUUCCAGGUAAGUUGAAAUCUAAAUGGUCUGGUCCUUUUGUGAUAAAGGGAGUCAAGCCUUAUGGUGCUAUUGAAUUGAUGGAUCAAAAUUCUGAGGAUUCAAAUAGAAGCUGGAUUGUAAAUGCUCAAAGAUUGAAACAUUAUUUGGGUGGAGAGGUUGAACGCCUCACCACAAUUAUUCAUUUAUCUGAACCAUGA